GUGGAAAAGCACGUUCAAAAUAUCGGUUAGUUAGAAUGAUGAUUUCAAUCUCCCACGACAAGGUUACAACAUGCAUCCUUCUGCUUGCUGUAAUGGCGUGCUUGGUUCGAUCGGAAGCACCACAAGCAGUGGAAAUUUGCUCGCUUUGUCACUGCCUGAAGGAUCCCAAGGAACCGUCGAUUACUGUUGAUUGUUGGGAGGGCAGCAGGGUCCAUCGUCAGCGAUUUUUGCAAAGGUUCGACCUACGUAACAUUCUUUGGCCUGUCGCAUCGGAGGUUUCGGGCAGCCAACCGCCACGAGUACGGGCGUUUUUCAGAAAUCUUCAUUUGCCGGAUUUACCAAUCAUAUCAGCAAGCCCUCAAGUGAUAGAAUUGAGCUUCAAAAGCGUGUCUCUCGAAACACUACCAACCGAGCCCUUCCGCAAUGUCAGAAAUUUGGAAAUCCUUACAAUAACCGGCAAUAAUCUCCAAACCAUAGAGCACGACUUCUUUGCCAUCGAAAACAAUCUGCUGCGCUUGGAUCUGUCGAACAACUCGCUGGUGUCGCUGAGCGCCCUGGAGCAAUCGCGGUUCGAAAAGCUGGAAUUUAUUGACCUUUCGCGCAACAAACUGGGGACGGUUUCGCGGCAGCUGCUGUACGUACUGCAGAACGCUAGCAGGGUUCGUUUGGAAAAUUGUGACAUCUACAGCUGGGAUUGUCCCGCCAACACACGCUGGAAGGUUCUCGAUUUGAGCUGGAAUCACCUCACCGAUAUUACGACUAAAACCUUCAACGAUUUAGAGCAGCUGGAAGAACUGUAUCUUUCGCACAAUGACAUCCGCAUCGUCUAUCCGCAAGCGUUCGAAAAUUUACAACAGUUGGUACGGCUGGAUCUGUCUCACAAUGAUAUUUUCAAUUUGGCAUAUAGCUUGAUAGUUCCCAGCACUGUGGAGAUGAUCAAUUUCGCCAACAAUAGUGCGGAACGGUGGCCCUUCCAUAAGCUUUCUGAAAACUUGCGAGUGAUAGACAUACAGUAUAACGAGUUGUCGGAAAUAAAUCCUGAUCAGACGGUGAAUGUUGUGAGACUUAACGCAAGCCACAAUCAAAUACGGAAGUUUUCUUCUGAAUCGUUUCCUGCCCUCAUCGAGCUGGAUUUGUCGGAUAACUUGCUGGAGGCUAUUCCCGGUGGUUUGGGGCAGCAACUAACUAUGUUAACUUUGGACGGUAAUCCUAUAAAUCGGAUAUUCAUUGAUAAUCCUAUGGUGCUGAAGGUACUUUCACUGAACAGAAUGCCCAAUGUGGUUGAGUUGGAGGCGUCGGCUUUCAAGGAACUAGUUGGCGCGGAUGAAUCCAAGGAACUUGACUGUGUUGAGAUUCGAAUCGCUGGGUGUCUAAACUUACGUCACAUAGACCCAAAGGCAUUUGAAGGAACUACCGUUUGCAAGCUGGAUCUGAGUAACAAUCAGCUCACAACCAUUCCUGAAGAGCUGAUUGAUUGGAAAAGCUUGUACGGUGGAGUGAAUCUACAAGGAAAUCCAUUGGAUUGUAGCUGCUCGCAACAGUGGUUGGUUGAUGAGCUCCUGUCGCUGCUCUACGAGAAGAGGGACCUGCAAUAUUUGCUGGAUAAUUUACGCUGCGCUACUCCUCCUGAGCGAAAAGGCCAGCGAUUGGUAAAACACCUUGGCCAUAGAGGCGCAUUUUGUGGAGCUGUAAAAAUGGAACGGUUGCGUAACAGUCCAGGCGAGGACAACGUGGUACAAGCCGGCUUCGGAAGUAUAUUUUGUACCCAGUACGAUGAGGAUUGCCUGCACGCGCAUGAAGGAACGGGAUUGAUAAUAUUUAUAAGCAUGGUAGUAAUCACAUCAAUUCUGUCACUGGUAAUGCUGGUUUUCAUUCUCGUUCGAAGGAGAAACGAACGGAGAAAUAUGUCGAAGGAAGGUGCGUUACUAAUGCCACAAUAUAGGUUUUAAUUAGUAUAAGGUAAACUAAGAACCUGUAAGGAAUAUUCUUUCAAACAAGUCUACAUUUACAUAUAUAAUAGAUAAUAACGAACGA